CUUUUGCAUCCUCGUUUAGCUUGGUCGCCGUUCUGUUUGCGCCCCGCAGUGCAAACCGCUCCCCACGUUUGCUGCUUCGCAUCUGUGCCACGCAGGUCAUCCAGCGGUGGUCAGUGCCCCAGCACAGUUAUUCCGCGUUUCGCCCGCGUUUCCUUGCCGCUUUUCUUUGCCGCUUUUCCCUGCCGCUUUUCCCUGCCGCUUUUCCCUGCCGCCGCUCCAAGAUGGACAAAAUUUCGCCGGAGAUUUUAGCCGCGAGGGCGAAGCUGAAGGAGAAGAUGGGAGGGAACCUGAGGCAGAUAGGAGGCAAGGGAAGCGCGAGAAGGAAAAUCAAAAAGGUUCACAAAAAUUCCAUGUCAAAUGAAAAGAAAAUAAAUUUAAUUCUAAAGAAAAUCGGAGCCUCCUACUUUGGAGACGUAGAUGAAAUAUGUGUGUACAAAGCAGGAGACACCUACAUGGAAUUUAAAAGACCGAAGCUCUCUGCAUCGUUACAGUCCAAUACGUAUGUGGUUACUGGGAAAUUUACGGAGCAAAAAAUUGACAUUAAUAAAAUAUUUGAGGGGCUCAAAGGGAACAAAAAUGUGGACAUGAAUCUCCUGGAGAAGAUUAAAAAUGACCCCAACAUAAAGAACCUGCUCAACAAGGAAAACAACGGAAAUGCCAAGAAGGAGGAGGGCGCGCAGGAGGCUGCCGACGUUCCGGACUUAGUGGAGAACUUCGAGGAGGUUUCCAAGGAGGAGCAGAAGUAG